AUGUCUACAACGAAAAAUUCUUCCAAUCCUGACACUGAUGUAUGCUCGAUUUGUUUGGGUGCAUUAGUACAACCAGGCAUGGAUCUGUUUAAAACUGCAUGUCAACAUCAAUUUCAUUUUGUUUGCUUGGUAAAAAGUGUUGAAGCACAAAAUCAUGAAUGUCCACUCUGUCGAACUCGACUGGAUUCUUUGAGCAGUAUUAUUCAGACACCAGUGCAAAGUACAUCUGCACCUGUUCAGGUUUCUACACAAGCUGCUGCCACGCCAUCAUCUACAGCUUCUGGAUUUUGGUCUACAUUGAGAAGAUCGCUGAGCAAUGCAUAUAGUUGGGUGAGUAAGAAUUCUUCUCAGCCACAAGCAUCAUCCACACAUGUAAACCAAUUUGAACAGUUAUCAUACUCGAACUCAUCUGAAGAUUUGGUUGAUGAAGCAGCUGUUCGUGCUCUAUCAGCUCGUAUCCAAGCUGUUCGUCAAAGGACAGCUAACGGUACAACUGAACUUGCAUUGGUCACAGCUACAACUAUGUUAGAAUUUGGUGGUCAAGUAUCAACACAAGCCUCCAAUAUAUAUGGAAUGGUGACACUCAAAGCACCUUCCCUUCUUCCGAUCACAGCUAGCGAAAAGGAACUUAAUGAAUUACGUGUUCCAAUCGAUCUCAUAUGUGUUGUUGAUCAAAGUGGAUCAAUGCAAGGAGAGAAAAUUGCAUUACUGAAAAAGACUUUGGAUUAUAUUAUCGAUCAAAUGGGUCCACUCGAUCGAUUAGUGAUUGUUUCUUUUGAUACUAAAGCAUACGAUCGAUCCAACGGUCUUAAUAUGAUGACACAUGCAAAACAACAAAUUCUUCACACUGCAGUUGCGCAGAAUAUUCAUGCCAGUGGUGGCACUUAUAUCGGUUCUGGUCUCGAAAUGGGUAUUCGAAUGUUAACUAAUCGUCGAACGAAAAAUCCACUCGGAGCCAUGCUUCUUCUCACUGAUGGUGAAGAUAAUCAACAUCAUGAUUAUUCUCAACUAAUGCGAACUCUACCUGAUGGUGUCGUUUGUCACACAUUCGGCUAUGGACUAGGACAUAGGGCAGCGUUGCUAUCUCAAUUGGCAGAGCAGGGACACGGAGGAACUUUUACCUUUAUUGAUCGAGUCGAUUCAAUCGCUCUUGCUUUUGCCACUGCUCUUGGUCGUGUAUCAAUCGAAUACACUGACGCAAUUAAUGGGCGUCAAAUUCAAACACCAACGAUACCAUUUCUACUUGCACGUCCUGCUCAACUGACUCCUGACUCGCCAUUGCUUGUUGUAAACUAUGCACUAGAUUUACAACGUAAUCGUGCAGAAACAAGUCGUGUUUUGAAAGAAGCAGUGAAUGAACCAAACUACGAACGUGCUCGAGAAUUAUUGAAUGCACAAUUAGCAAAAAUUCGAGCAUCUGUGUCAGCUCAAGAUCCACUAUGUCAACAAUUAAUACGCGAUUUGGAAUAUCAGUAUACAAGUCAAUAUGAAUUUGCAACAACCAUGACUAAUAUGUAUAUGCAGCAUGGACAAGAACGAGCCACUUAUUCAACGGCUACAACACUCAGUGCAAAUUGUUAUAUGACAUCGGGUCAAGAACGCUUCCGAUCGCUUGCACGUAGAUAUAAUUAA